UAAAUGAAGAUAAAACAACUAAUCCUGUCAUUAUUGAUGGAGAUAUUGGGGGUUAUAACCUAAAUCGGUUCAUGAAUGAGUUAAUUGUAGAAAGCUUUCAUAGAUGAAAAGUAUCAGAAAUUUGAAGCUGCUGCAAAAACAAGUAAAUAUGUUACAAAUAUGAGGGUGAAAACGUGAAAUGUUAGCGACUUUGACACCAGGAAAAAUAACGAUCUUCAUCUACGGCGCUCAUACAAUAUAUAUUCCACUACAAAAAAUCUCCAAAAAUAAAAAAUCUGUCAUCCAUGGCCGAAAAUCCAAGCACAAGGCAGUGACAGGCGCAAAAAAACUAAGUCAUUUAUGGCGUCUAUGUCCGCCUGCUUCUUCUCUCCAACUCCAAAAACUCGCUCCUUUACCCUCACUCACAAACCAUUUAAGCCUUCAGAAUUCCUCUAUUUUACUCCAGCUCCCACCCGCCCGACCAAAUUCCGGUGCGGCAGAGCCUCCGGUUUGGUAAUUAGGGCUAGCAGUAGCAACAGCGCCGGUGUCGAUGUCACCACGGUGUCGGGGAUUAGGCCCGGCGGCGCCGUCGAGAGCGAUAAGCUGCCGACCGACGUGCGGAAGCGAACCAUGGACGCCAUUGAUUCCAGCGGGAGGAGAGUCACCGUUGGUGACGUGGCGAGCAAAGCCGGCCUCAAGUUGAAUGAAGCUCAGCGAGCUCUUCAGGCUCUUGCCGCCGACACUGAUGGAUUCUUAGAGGUGUCGGAUGAGGGAGAUGUUUUGUAUGCUUUCCCCAAGGAUUAUCGGUCCAAGCUCGCUUCCAAGUCGAUUAAGAUCAAAUUCGAACCUUUGCUGGAAAAGGGGAAGAUGGCAGCUGAGUAUGUAGUGAGGGUUUCCUUUGGGACGGCUUUGAUUGCAUCUAUUGUGAUUGUUUAUACUACAAUUAUCGCUAUAGUCUCCAGUAGUCGUGAAUCAGAUGAUCGUGGCAGACGAGGAAGAUCUUAUGGCUCUGGAGUCAACUUCUUUUUCAGUCCGACGGAUUUAUUUUGGUAUUGGGAUCCAAAUUAUUAUAGAAGACGUAGAGCAAGAGAUAGUGAUGGUGGGAUGAACUUCAUUGAAUCUGUUUUUUCUGUCGUAUUUGGGGAUGGUGAUCCCAAUCAGGGGAUUGAAGAAGAGAGGUGGAAGUUGAUUGGUCAAUAUAUAACUUCUAAUGGCGGUGUUGUGACAGCUGAAGAACUUGCUCCAUAUCUUGAUGUGGAGACUACUGAAAAAAUGGAUGAUGACUCUUAUAUACUGCCUGUUCUACUGCGGUUUGAUGGUCAGCCAGAAGUAGAUGAACAGGGAAAUAUUUUAUACCGUUUCCCAUCACUACAACGCACUGGUACUCGACAAAGGAGUGGGCGGAAGGAAUACGUUGGGAAAAAAUGGGCCGAUUGGGUUGGAGAAGCUGGAAAGUACUUUAAGGAAAAGAAAUGGAAAUUCAGCAAAACUAGUGCUUCGGAGAGGGCAAUGGCGAUUGGUCUUGGUGGUCUAAAUCUAUUUGGGGUUAUUAUUCUUGGUACCAUGUUGAAGAAUACAAAUAUCAGCAGCAGUGGAUUCAUUUCAUUUGUGUCUGAGAUAUUUCCCCUGCUUCAGAUAUAUGCUGGCUCCUUUUUCGCAAUUCCAUUAAUUCGAUGGUUUUUGCUCCAAAACAAAAAUGCCAAAAUUAUUAAAAGAAAUGAAGCAAGGGAACAACGUGCGAGGUUACUGGAAUCACCGGAUGUUUCUUUGAGACGGAAGCUUCUAAGCGCGCGAGACAUGGCGCAAAGGACGUUCAUCGGGCAGGACAGGAUCGUUUAUAGCACUGAGAGGGAUUUGAACGAACAGGAUUAUGAUUCCCAAGAUUGGGAUCGACGAUUUAAGGAGCUUGAAAAGUCUGACUAGGCAACUUCUGGAUGGAGUCUGGACUUUGUAAUAGAUGAGGAUGUGCCAACAACUUCACCAUAAUAGAUGACAGUUUUGUUAUUCAAUGCAAACCAAGUCGCAAAUGCACUUGUCUCUUUUUCCUUCUUCAUACAACCAAAUAUGUAUUGUACAAUAAUCUGAUUAGCCCGUAAUACGAAAUUAAAUUUCACUUCUUCA